AUGUAUCGUUUAUGUGGUCAAAAAAUAGAUGAAAAACGAAGGAAAGCUUUACAAAAAAAGGUAAUUGUUAUAACUGGUGCCAGCUCAGGCAUAGGAGAAGCUUUAGCUCAUGUAUUUUAUGAGUAUGGAAGUAAAGUUGUACUAGCAUCAAGAAGAAGGUCAGAGUUGGAACGAGUUAAAGAAGAUCUUUUAUCCAAAAAAAUAUCAUCACCAACAGAGGAACCUGUGAUUGCUGAACUAGAUUUGUCAGAUUUAGAACAGCUGGAAAUAUUUGCAAAUCAUAUUUAUAAUACCUGUGGAAGAAUUGAUAUCUUGAUUAACAAUGGUGGAGUAUCACAUCGGGGUUCAAUUCUUCAUACAAAAUUGGAUGUGGAUAAAAAAAUUAUGUUCACUAAUUAUUUUGGUUCAGUAGGACUCACUAAAGCUGUUCUUCCAAGAAUGGUAGAAAGAAAGAGUGGUCACAUUGUGUUUGUUAGCUCAGUCCAAGGACUUAUUGCUAUACCAGAUCGAUCUGCUUAUGCAGCAUCAAAACAUGCUUUGCAAGCCUUUGGGGAUUCAUUGCGUUCUGAAAUGCGUCAGCAUAAUAUCAAUGUCUCUGUGGUUAGCCCUGGCUAUGUAAAGACAGCAGUAUCGUUAAAUGCUCUAACUGGCAGUGGAGAAAAUCAUGGAGUAAUGGAUAAGAGUACAGCUGCUGGAUUUACACCUGAAUAUGUUGCAAAAAAAAUGUUGGAUAUGGUUGUAAAUAAAGAUAACGAAUUAGUGAUUAGUCAAUUUUUGCCAAAACUUGCAAUAUUUAUAAGGCAUUCUUUACCAUCUGUAUAUUUUUGGCUAAUGGCUAGGAGGGCAAAUAAAACUGCA